CUGCCAGAAAGGAGGAUGGUUUGUGAGCUUGGAGGGAAUUUCAACCAAAAUAAUCGUGCUGCUCAUCGGAAACUAAGAUUAGAUGGAUAAACAACUAAAAGUUUGAAAACAACAACGUUACAUCUCUUUAAUUAUUUAAGGGAAGAAAAUAAGGAUAAUGCACGUUCGCUGUUGGCUCACUGUAUAUAAAAACGUAGUUUUAGCUAUGUGUGUGCAGGAGGCUCUGCAGUCUGUCUUCAGUCGUUAUUGUUUUAGCUAGCUAGCCUUAGGUUAGAAGUUUUACAGCUUCCUGCACAGGUCUUAGCUAUGUGCUAAAUCGGAGAAUGCUAUUACUCGACCACGUAUCAUUCAUAAACGGAUAAUAUUGGUCAUGGAUUAUAAAAAGACGAGGCUCGAUAGUCAACUGUGUAAAGCUGUGAACGACGGAGAACCGAGAUAUGUGCAGCUGCUUCUUUCACAAGGUGCAUGUCCUGAUGUGGUGGGUAGUAAUGGAGUGGCUGCAAUACACUUGGCUGCUGGCAAGGAGACUGAGAAGAACACACGCUGCUUGAAAAUGUUACUGCAAUACGGAGCAGACCCCAAUAUCAGGUCAUCGGAUGGCCUGACUCCUAUCCACGUUGCUGCACUGUGGGGAUGUUAUCAAAAUCUAAAUCUGCUCUUGUUAAAUGGAGGGAAUCCAAAUGCUAAAGAUGUUGAGGGGAAUACACCAGGGCAGCUUGCAGAGCAACAGGAGAAUCGCAAAUGUGCCCAGCUCCUUCAGAAGUACCAUUCCAGCUCAGUGGACACAGAGGAGGACGACUUACCUCAAUUCCAGUACUCUGUGUAUUCAGACCAAACAGACACCUCCAGCUAUCCUGUAUCAGACUAUAGCUUCAGUUCCCACUCUUCUAUCAUAAGUGACUUUGGUGAAGCCCCAUUGAGCAGCACAAGGCGCUCAUCAUUUUUCAACCUGUCUGACGUUAAUGGAAGGCCAAAUUGCAGAGGAAAAUCAUAUACCAGACUUUCUGGUAUGGACACUAAGAUGCAUCACAGCCAGGACUGGAACAAUGUCCCCUCACAUUGGUCAUCUGAAGGUCCCUCCAUAUUAUCAAGCACUCGCAUGUCUGCAGUGGGACCUGCAGCGGCAAUGCCAACUCUUAAGGAAGAGGAUUUAUUUACUGACGAUGGUGUGUUCACAUCAAAAGCAAAUGAACAUGUUGCUACAACUGAUGGCAGAAUCUCCCCCUCCAGAAGAGACAGUCUUCCAGCAUUUCCUUUCAGGCGAGUGAGUCGUAAGAGUGUGAGUUUCAGAGAUGUAGAUGAAUAUUUCCCCGUUUUUAGUCCUGAAUCUCCCAAACAAGACAGAACGGGUGUUGAUGGCAGCCAGUGCACCAGCGACUUACAUUUUGACCUGUCAGAGUACCCUGACUUCCUGGAUUCGAAACGCAUGGCAACGGUUUUACACAUGCAGGGCAUUGACGUCACAUCACCGGAUCACGUUUAUGUUUUUUGCAGGGAGAGCAGUGAGAGCACAGAGGAGGAGUUGGAGAAAACAGUCAUCAGUCACUGUGCUUUGGAAGAGAGUGAUGAUGAGCAGGAGGGUCAACAUGUGAAAGGGGCUCAAGGGAAUAUACCAGAACAGCCAGCCUGUUUCCAUGUUGGCAGCAGCAGCAGUGGGACUGGUAGUAGUCAUUAUAGUAGCUGUGACAGCGAUCCUUACACCAGUGCUCUGGAUACUUCUAUACACCCCAGACACCUUUUACCCCCUAACGUAAAGGGGGUUUGUCUUGGGGCUGAAUCUGACAAAAUUAUUCAGAUUUCUUCAGACUCUGAUUCUAAAUUGACAAGGCAAUAUUGGAAUCUUCCACCUGUUCAAACAGAAACUAAAGAGCAUGUAACAUGUGUUCAUGAUAAACUGGAACUGGCUGAAGUAAAACACCCAAACAAUGAUUUGCUUGAGGCUUGUAGUGGUCCUGUUGUGGACACUUCAAGUGAAUGUGGUGUUGACCAGCGAGUGGCAGACGCCCCAUUGAAUGAUGCAGCUGAGGCAUUACAUGAAAACGUCCACCUUACAUUCACACCAAGUCCUUUUGUAACAGGCAGGACUCGCUCAAGGUUGAGUCGCUGCUCACUGAGAACAAGCAGGACCCCAGAGAGCCCUCUCUUCAUGUCUUCUCUCUUUGAAGACACCCUCCCCACACCAGUUCGAACACGCCGCCAGACGCCCAGAUCUCAGAGCAGUGAGGACUUUUACAGUUCACCACAUGCAUCUUGUUAUACACCAUCCUAUUCAGGGAACAGCCAAGGAGGAGACUCAUUGCCUGCUGAUUGCCAGGCCACACAGUCCAGCACCCUCAGAGCUGGUUCAAGUGUCAGCAAUACCCAAGCUGACACUCUCAUCCUCUCCAAGAGUGUAACUGAUUCUGAAUCACAGACUUUGUCCGACACAGUCAUACUGGAGGAAAACCAAGACUCUUCAAUGGAUUCUUAUGAAAGAAACCUUGCAGAGAUUAUACUGGCCUUGCAAGGCAAUGAUCUUGCCGAAAGCAGGAAUUUUCUGACUGAUGAUCUGACAAGUACAGACGAGGCAACAACAAAGAGAAACUUAAAUGUUGCUCCUGGUAAAAACAAAUUGGAUAGCCCAAAAAACGAAGAUAGCCUAAAAAAUGAAGAUGCCUGGAUCACCAAGGACUGUAGCUCGGACUCUGUCUCAUCUUCAUCCAGCUCCUCCUAUUUUUCCCCAAGAAGGUCCAGUAAAGACUCGGACCUUCCUUGCACUCCUGGCACUGGAUGCACACCCAGGUACAGCAUGAGCCGACUGUCAAACGGCCGUAGGCCACAGCACCUAGCUAACUUGUCUUACACCCCUGAAGGGCGUCCACUUAUUCAGGAGCUGGAUGAACCAGUGGAGUACCUCUACACUGAUUCGGAACAGGGCCACAAGCUGAUUGAGACCCAUGUUCCGCCUACAGCGAACACCUCACUCAGCUGCAGCAUGAGUACAAGCAGCAAUGACGAGACCGUCCUUUAUGACUGGCGCUCCAUGCAGACUGACAUGGUGAACGAAGGAAAGGAGAACCAGAAACCCCAGAUGAUGCCACAGAAAGAGGAAAAGGAGGAGGACCUGCUGUUGCCGGAGACCAAAGGAAUAACUGACAAGGAGCUGAGAUUGAGGCUAGUAGAGCUGGGGGAGAGCCCGGGCCCUAUCAGCUGCCGUACCAGGCCCACCUACAUGCGAAGAUUACACCGCCUGAUGCAGGAGUCAAAUUCCCAAUCACCACAUCCCACGAAGCAGUUGGACCCGCCUCAAACAGAUUUAGGUUAUAGUCCAGAGUUGUGCCGGGCCCUGCAGACCUUCAAGUUGCCCCACUGCCAAGCAGACGAGCAGGCUUUGUGCCAACAGUUUGACCAACCAGAUCAAAACAGAAAGUGGAGGGAGGGCAUCAUCAAGUCAAGCUUCAACUACCUGCUGCUCGACCCAAGAGUGACGAAAAACCUCCCAUUCCGCAGUCACACCAUGACUCCACAGGAAUGUUUCCAGACAUUUAUCCACGCUAUAUUUUAUGUGGGCAAAGGAAAACGCUCCCGUCCAUACAGCCACCUGUACGAAGCUUUAGAGUACUUCAAAGGGGACAAGACUUCCAAGAAAUUGUGCCCCAAAGUGCAGCAUAUUCUGCAGGUGUGGACCGCCAAGCAGGGCGUCAUCUCUCUGCAUUGUUUCCAGAAUGUCAUUCCAGUGGAGGCUUACACAAGAGAGGCCUGCAUGGUGGAGGCCAUCGGGUUGAAGAUGCUCACCAAUCAAAAGCGAGGGGAUUUUUAUGGCGUGGUGUCCAACUGGCAGGCGAAGAAGAAGCGGGACCUCGGCGUCCAUUUGCUCUACCGGGCCAUGCAGAUCUUCCUGGCCGAAGGUGAGAGGCAGCUCAGACCAGCAGACAUCAGACAGUAGUGCAUCCCACUGGUGGGGGUAUGAACAGCAACAAAUGAACAGCAGGGGUAAAACCACUGCUUCUGGGUACAAGAAGAAAUGCUAAGAAUAUGAACAUGAUAUGAAAAUCACAACUUUUUGACUGCAGGUCUGUUAGGAUGCAUGACAGCUAUUUUCCAAAAACAUUCUUUCCAGUAGGACACUUUGCUUCCCAACUGUUGUAGUAGUAAUGAAUUUUUCAAAUGAUCCACAACCUAUUCAAAUGCCUUUCAUUAUAAUCAAAUUGCAAAUAAACAAGUCAAUGCAUAAUUUCUUAAAAAACAAUCUUUGGAAAAAAAAGUGGGGAGGGAAAGGAAGACUGGUAUUUAAUUAUGUAAUUUUUGUAGUCUUAACAAAAGAUUUGAUGGUAAUUUUAGCAGACGCACUGGUACCGAGCAUGAUAGGUCUUCUCAUGGAUAAAUCAACAAUAAAGUGUAUAGUUUUAGAAUCUCAAUGUGUAAAAUGUGAUAUAUUUUGUUUACAUGGCUGGAUUUCCGUUUUUUUUCCUAUGUCUUUUUUUUGUCAAAAGGAAAUGCUUUACAUGCGAGCCGAUGAUGUGAUAGCGCCCAAUAGUAGCAGACUUUUGUGCAUACAUUUCUUUCAAGCGUCAGUGGACUAAGACAAGUAAACUGGAUGCUUAAGUAUUGCCAGUCGUACAUCAGCACUUGUGUUGUUAAAAUAGAAGCACUAGUUUAUAUAUGUUAACAUUAGGGCUGUGACCGUAACCGCUAAACCGGUGGUGACAUUUGUAGAUUGUUUGCCUGUAGACUGUCUGUAGUCUGUAGACUAGUGGAAUUUCUAAAGUCUUUGAAAUAACUUUAUAACCUUGCCAGCUUUAUGUAAAUCAACAACUCUUUGAAAGCUUCAGGUUCACAUACUUUUUAUUUGCCACUGUAUUAAAUAUUGAUUUUUUUUUUUUUUUUUACAUUCCUAUCCCCAGGUUGAAAAAAAUCAAAGCGUGUGAUCAUAUCACCUAUCUGUACCAUUUUCUUUUAAUUAUUUAGUUGCGAUUUAAUAACAAACCAUUAAUAAGCAUUAAUAGUACAGCGAUGAGGUGUUUAGACACUUUUUAGAUUAUUUUUUAGCUUUAAAAAUAAUGCCCAUUCGUUGUUGUUCAGGGUUGUGUGUUUGAUAUGUUUUCCCGAUUGUCAAAAAUGAAUCGGAAUGAAUUAGUCAUGUGUACACGUAAUCAUUUCUGUAUACUGUAAUGUUUUCAUUAUGAUCUACUGUCACUGCUGUAUUGUAGUGCCCCUGUAU